UUUGGCGAGCUGCCGUCGGUGCGUGUGCGUGCGGGCCAGAAAAAAAAACAGAAACAUAAAUAUAUCCAUCUUGUCAUAGCUGUACGUUCCCUGCAGCCCGUAAGGUGGCCCGGUAGCGGUCUGGACGACUCGGGGACCUGUGUGUGUUUUAUCCGUGUUUUCCGAGCAAAAGCAAAAACGUUUUCCCGAUCCGUAGAAAAGUGAACAAAUGGCUUUACAGUCCUCGCUGUGCUGUUUAGGCUAAGUGUGGCAGAUUUAGGUAGUGGAACACCAGGGCAAACUUACUCCCCCCCCCCCCCCCCCCCCGCCAAAAUGGCCUCUGGAAAGUGUGUCCGGAUGGCCGUGCCGCCCAGUGCACGGUGUAACGGUGCUGCCCCCUCACAUCCGUCCCACUUCCGGCUGCUGCCGUCGGCCAGUGCGGUGGAAAAUCUGUUCCAAUCGCGUGCCAACCAGUGAUUCCAGCGAGAACGGUGGAGGAAACAAAAAAGCGAGCAGCAUACCAUGCUAUCGAUUGUGUGCCGUCUGUGACCUUUGCGGAGGCUGAAAAGUGCGUACGGGGAUAAACAAUUUCACCUGUUCUUCUUUUUCUGCUUCCUCUGUGCGCGCUCUCUCUCUCUGCUGUGCCGUUGUGUGCACGAGUGUGUGUGUGUGUGUGUUUUUGCACUAGUUUCAGACAGUAGGCGACGCCAAACGGCCGCGUCGUGCGCGACGCUGUCAAGGGAACAUCAAGGAUGAGCAGCGUGAAAAAUCGAAACGAUCGAAACGCGUUUCACAGCUUGUGCGAGUACGGCCGUGUAGUGUGCACAGGGAAGCGGCAACAACCCCUGCCCGACGGGGUCACCAGCUGCCCCGGGAACGCCUCCGAGUAGUUUUGCCCAGCUCGCAUCGGUCACCCCAUUGUAUAGGUGUUUGUGUGCGUGUGUGUGUGUUUGUGAGUGUGAAGGUACAAAUCACGCUCGGUAGGAGAGAGGGAGGGAGGGGUCCCACUUUCUCGUGCCCACGCGUGGGACGGGAAGCUUCAUCGCCCUCAAAACGGUUUGCGUCGAAAGAAGGUCACACCUGGGCAGCGCGCAGGAUGAUGGAAGCAUCGGAAACGGGUAGCAGCAACGGCAGGGGAGGCGGAGGAGGCGGUGAUAGUAAUGGGGGCGGGCAUACCUCCUCCUACGAGCCGCUGGAAGGGCGUCGUACCUUCGACACUGCCGACAGUCCCGAGCUGGACGGUGGAGGGCCGCCCAAGGAUCGGCGCCGUCUCGUCUUCUUCGCCCUCAUGACGGCCGGUGUCGGGUUCGUCCUUCCCUAUAACAGCUUUAUAAUCGCGGCCGACUACUGGCAGUCACGGUUCCCGGGCCAGUCCGUUGCGCUCGACAUGUCGAUGACUUACAUCAUCGUCGCACUGGCGACGGUAUUGCUGAACAACGUGUUUCUCACGCUAGCACCCUUCCGGGUGCGGGUAGCGUUCGGCUACGCCGUUUCCUUCACGACGCUCGUGUUUGUGGCCCUGUGCGAGGUGGCCUGGCACAUGUUCACCGCCAAAACGGCCUACUCGGUCAACCUGGCGGCGGUAUCGCUCGUUGCCAUGGGCUGCACGAUCCAGCAGUCCAGCUUCUAUGGGUUCGCGAGCAUGCUGCCGAAACAGUACACGCAGGCGGUAAUGGCCGGAGAGAGUUUGGCCGGAUUCUUAGUAUCUUCCAACCGUGUCGUCACGAAGCUGCUGAUCAAGAGUGACCGCGCCUCGACGGCCAUCUUCUUUCUAACCUCGACCGUGUACAUUGCAUUCAGCUACGUGCUGCACUCAAUCACGACCCACUCGCCGUUCGUGCGGUACUACAUGAAGGCCUGUGCCAAAAUUGUCCUCCGCCCGGACGACGAUCACACACUGAGUGAAACCCUAGAUGGAGACAUAUCGAGUACGCGGUACGGUGUCCUAACGCUAGACUCCAGCCCACCCGUACACAUGCCGCCGGGAUCAACAGCGCUAAGCUUUAGCAACCCGGUGUACGACCUGUCCAAUCCUACCGCCGGCGAAACAGUGCUAGAAACCAACAUGACAAACCUGACGUCUUCGGCCGGUGGAACCACGACCGCAACCCGCUCGAUAACCGCAACGGCCGCCCCGAACGCGGACGUACCGAACGUCGCGUUCAAGGUGGAGCACGUGAUGACGCCCGACAUCUGCAGCUCGGGCCGGCUGGGCAGCUUUCGCAGCGGGCUCGAAUCGCGGUGGAAGGUGGCCCGCGCCAUCUACCCCUACAUGGCCUGCAUUGCGAUGGCCUACUGCGUGACGCUUUCGCUCUAUCCCGGCAUCGAGUCGGAGAUCAUAUCGUGCAACCUCGGCACCUGGAUGCCGGUGCUGCUGAUGUUCACCUUCAACGCGUCGGACGUGGUCGGCAAGCUGCUGGCUGCCGUACCGUACGGUUGGUCCCGCCGCCAGCUCAUCCUGAUGUCGGGCCUGCGCGCCCUGCUCGUGCCGCUCAUCCUGCUGUGCUGCUCGCCGCGCGAGCAGCCCGUCAUUGCGGGCGAGGCGGCCGCAUUCAUCUUCACGGCGGCGCUCGGCAUCACGAACGGGCUGGCCGGCAGCCUGCCGAUGAUGCUCGCCCCGGACAAGGUGUCGGCGACGCUGCGCGAAGUGACCGGCAACAUGAUGACGCUCUCGUACAACAUUGGCCUGACGGCCGGUUCGCUCGUGGGGUACGUGUUCGAUGCGAUGCUCGGGCCGCAGCUACCGAACCCCUGCCCGCAGUACCCGUUCGUGCCACCGAAGCCGAACCAACCGCCGACGGGCGGGAUGGGCAUCAACGGGAGCCAUCCGGUGGCUGGCAGCGGGGGUAUUAGUAGCGCCAGCACCAGCACGACCGUUGCGACCACGCUGCUCACCACGCUUACGGUGGCGAUUCUGCGCAGUACGGCUGCGCCGGAAGCGACGACGCCGUCCAGCAGCAUCACGCCGUUGGCUACGGCGGCCACCAGCUUCACCACACUGAGGAGUGGGAUGGAAGGGAUCAGUACGAUGGCACCAACCGGCGCCCCUUCCCCACCACUGGACGGUGCGCAACAGCUGGCAACGGUGGCGGCGACGCUGCUCUACAACGCUACCAGCUCGCUACUCGAUACCGGCUCAUCGCAGGAUUAAAGCGCGAACUCCAGCGCGAACUCGGUGACAUCUUGCCCCAUCCCUCCAGGCACACAGCAGUAGAAAAGCGCAGUGGGACAGCGUGGCGUUUAGAAAUCUCUCCUCCCGAAUGCUCUAUUUCACAGUUUCACCCUUCCACAGUCGAUCGACGCUUCUUAACUCUAGCCUGAUUGGACUGACGGAGCAUCGGCUCAUCGUUUUUUUGGUGGAUAGUAGUAUUGCCCUAACCUUUGCUAAAGGAGUGCAGCUGUACAGUGUGAGUGGGGCAAAACCAAUAUCUCUAAGAGCGGGCUGCGUAAGGGCGUGCAUGAUUGGGUCGUUUUGGAAUAGGUGGCGCUUACAUACAGAAUCUCGUUCGUUAUCAUUUUCCUUCCUUUGUCAUGAUGAGAUGUGUGUGAUUGGGGUUUUUUUGUGGGAAAGGUUGGGAUGUACGCAAGGGUAGGCUCGCUAAUAAUUGGGGAGAAACGUGACUAGAAACCAAAGAGAGAAAAGAGACACAAUGUACUUAAACUAUACCGGCUACCGGAGCGAUGUAUAAAUUUGGAAAGGUUUAGGGAGUAGGCAAACAAAAAACAAAAGCAUAUGAACAUACAAACAACACUCACACACACACACAGAUACACUCCAACACAGUGGCCGACAUUCAGAGUAAACGCAACGUUGUGACCGGUAAAACACGAUGUAAAAUAAAUGAUACUAAUUAAUGUA